UCCUGCCCUUGAAUUGUGUGUCACGUUAUAUGUGAAGGGAUUAUAGAUAGAAAUUUCCAGAUUUCCCGUUGAAUACAGUGUUUGUCUCCAAACGUGAGAUUCAUUUAGCGAUCAUUUCGUUUGAAUUUAGCCUUAAUUUACGUUUAAAUCCAUAUUUGAAUCAAAAGUUGUUUUAAUUACAAUCCAAACAAUCAUUUGACACUCAAUUGGUGUCCGAAAACCCGAGUAUUGGCUGCGAUUGAGACGAUAGACUCGUUUCGGUCCACAAGAAAUCAUUUCGACACUUGUUUUAGUGCUGCCGAAGAGGUAUAGGAAGUGGUAAGUGAUGGCCAAAUGGGGUGAAGGAGAUCCCCGAUGGAUAGUCGAGGAGAGACCCGACGCGACCAAUGUUAACAACUGGCACUGGACUGAGAAGAAUGCCUCGAAUUGGUCUAAAGAGAAGUUAACACAACUGUUGUCUGCUCUGGAGGUCGACGAGUCGGGCGUCGGUUUGUGUCGCGUCUCUGCGGUUGAGUCCAUUGAAGGCGAAGCGGUGGCCAACAAUCGGAAGGGAAAACUCAUCUUUUUCUACGAAUGGGUCAUCAAAUGCGAGUGGAAGGGAAGACUCAACGGAUCCGAUGACGAAGUGAAGGGAACCUUUGAGAUACCGAAUCUGAGCGAAGAGAACAGCGCCGAUGAGAUUGUGGUCGAAGUGUCGGUCGAUUCUUCUGAUGAGUUUAAUUCAGAGAUACUUAAGGAUGUGAUGCGAAAGAAGGGCACAGAACUGAUUCAGAAACAGAUGCACACGUAUAUCACAUGUUUGAGGGAUGAGUUCGCCAAAGAUAUGAUCAAACCAUCGAAACAAACGUCCGGCGGAAACAUCAAUGCUUUCCAAACUGAAGGUCAGACUAAACCACAACCCGUGACAAAAGUGGUCCAAAAUUCUUCGGUUUCUUCGGUUAAUGGUUUCACUGCUAAACCAAUUGAUGGCAAGUUUGAGACGACUUCACUGAAGAUAACUGAAGAGCUCAAGUGUACGGCAGAGGAGUUCUACCGGUCUUUGACCGAAAUCGAGUUGAUUCAGGCCUUCACCAGAGCUAACGUUGUAAUGAACGCGUCGGUCGGCGGAGUGUUUUCGCUCUUCGACGGCAACAUUAGCGGCAAAUUCACUGAAUUAGAGACCAAUAAAGUGAUAAAACAGAGCUGGCGUUUCAAGGCGUGGCCGCCCGACCACUACUCGCAGGUGACCAUCACUUUGGAGCAGAAGAGCGACUGUACGCAAGUGACUGUCCAACAGACGGGCGUUCCUAAGCAUGACUUCGAGCGCACAGAAAACGGUUGGAAAUACUAUUACUUCGAAAGUCUAAAGCGAACCUUCGGUUUCGGCGCUUCACUCCACUAACAAAUGUUUAAUUAAAGUUUUCUAUCAAUUCUUAGGUUUAAAGAACAUUGAAUUUUGUUUAUAAUGAAAAAUUGUACAGUUAUUUCAUUUUUGAAAUUAUUAAACAGACUUUGGUUUCAAUCCCUCAACUGAUUCCUGAACACAAAUUUAC